AAGAAAAUAUAGCCAUGGUACCUAGAGUGAAUAUAACUAUAGCCGUUAAGAACAUAGACCUUGAGCCAACUAUAGACCCUGGGGGUACCUCUACAACAUCUUCUAAACCAGAGAUUAUGGAAUGGGCUCUUCCAGCAUCCGAUCCGUGGAAUUCACCAACACAACUGACAUUUGCUGUCCUACUCAUAUUUGUACUUUCGGCCGCCAUCAUAGUCUGCAAUUCUCUCUUACUAGUUGCUGUGUACAGAUUCAAGAGACUUCGCAACCCAAGCAACUAUUUUGUUGCCUCAUUAGCUUCAGCUGAUAUUCUCAUAGGACUCUUGUUGGCUCCUUCUCUGUACUUUGAGUUCUAUAGAAUUCAUGUGCGCUGUGUCCUUCUGUGUCUUCUUCCGUACUGUCUCUUCAUUCUCCUGUGUUCAGUUGCUUUACUAAGCUUGACGGCCGUGGCUGUUGACCGCUGCACGUCAUUGGCAUCACCAUUAAAGUACAAUAACAUCAUUACACACGGGUCUGUUGUGAGGUACAUCGCUUUAUUUUGGAUUUACUCAUUAAUGGUGUCGUCUUUUCCUAUGCUGUACUGGUUUUCAGCUAGAGGAACGUACACAAUACAAAACUGUUCCUUCAUGACGGUCGUCUUGUGGCCGUCUCGCGUGUUCCUCUUCACUGUACUCUUCGUGCCAUGUGCGCUUUUGAUCAUUUUCAGUUACGGUUACGUGUACAUAGUUGCAAGAUCUCAUGCAAGAGCAAUAUUUUCUGCAGAAUUAUCUUUUCGGCAGCAUCCAUUGUCUGGACCAAAAUACGGCAGGACUUUAGCUGGGACUGUUGGAAUCUUCUGCUUACUAUGGAUGCCUUUUCAAGUUGUAGCCUUCACUGACUCGCUGGACGAGAAAACUAUAUUUUAUUUGGGUUUGCUGACCGUAGCCAAUGCUGCAACAGAUCCCUGGAUGUAUGGUUACAGAAGUACCGAGUUCCGUAUCGCUUCUAUCAGGUUACUAGAAACUACUUUUCCUCAGCUAAAGGGUGCUCUUCAUAAACCUCAAGUAAGGCAUGCUAGUUUUGUGAGCUGUGCCUCACAUAUGCGAAUGGGUUUAACUCCUAACCACAUGACACAUACAGAAGCAACCAUGUGUGCAACAUUUAUUGAGAUACCCAUACUCGCUCGAUCGCUGGAUGAGACUGCUGUAGCAGAAGUAUGAUACUUGGUACAGCUAAGUUUACGGAAAAAAAGGUGGUAAAGUUGCCGAAUCUUAUUUGGUACAAUUUUAUUGAAAACCACGCAUAUUGAGCAUGAUUCUCAAAACAUACGUCAGCAACAAGUAUAUAAUAUGAUGCCAAACAAGAAAAUAUUGUAUACACGUUGUUUGCAAAGAAAAGACUUGAACUUGAGGUAUUUAGUUCAAACUUCCAACUGAUGGUACUACAUCAAAACUUUGCAUUUCAUUUCACAAUAUUCUUGAAGUUAGCAAUAAAAACGGUGUCUUUUAAUUAAUCUGCAAAAUAUCAUGGAAAACAUACUGAAUACAUAAUUUUCGGAAAAGAAAAUUGAAUAUGGUUUCAAUUUCUAUAAAUAAUAAUGUAGAACUCCCAUAUAAUAUCAGGAUCACGUUAUUCAGGAAGUUUUGACCUCGUACCUGAUUCCUACAAUGUGUGUGAAACAUAAAUAGAAAGAAAAUUAAUGGACAAGCUAUAUUUAAUUUUAAAAUAUUUUGAAUUUUGUAAAAAUUGUUUUAAAAUGAUUGUAAAAUAUGUAAUUGUAUUGCCGGUUUUUAUUACUUCUAGUCAUCAUUAUAACUAAUAUUUUGCAAUUUUCUAUCAAACAUCAAUGUAAUAUUUUUAAUUGAUUUUAUGUAAUAUUUUUAAUCGAUGUAAUAUGUUUAAUCGAUUAAGUUUACAGAUCGAUUGAAGGUAUAGAUAAAUCAAAAUCAUUAAUUCAAGUUACACAAGAUCACAAUUCUAUGAAAAAUACAUUAAAAAAACUUUUAACAAUAUUUAUAUAUACAUAAUUGAAACGGUCAAUGUUAAAAGGGGGUAUGUUACAAAUCGGCACUUUCGAGAGAGGAAAAAAAAGGGGUUGAUUAUCGAAAUAUUGUUUUGAUUGCUUCCAAAUUGCUAGAUUAUCUUCCUUAGGCAGUCUAGAAAAUUACUCGGUAUUUGAUAAUCGAUGAGUGAUUUGAUAAUCAAAACCAACGAGAAACUUUUUUCGUAAAAAAUAUUACAUAACCCUUUUAACAUAGACCACUUCAAUUACUUACAAAAUAAAAAUAUUGAAAUAUGAUGAAUAACACAAAUAAUAAUUUAAAUAAGGUGUGAUGAUUAACAAGCUUAACAAGUUUUGAUAUUUUUAAACUUGAGACAUUUUUGAAUUUGGACUACAACAUUUUUUUAUUUAAAUAAAAGUACGAUCAAAUUAGCUGAAACUUUUGAAAUCUGAAGUAAAUUAAAAGCAGUUUAACAUGCAUUUCCUAAAAUAAAGACUAUAAAGAAAAUACAAUUUUGGUUCGCUUAGUCAUUCAACUUAAAAUAUUUUAUAUUAAAUUGAAUGGUAAUGAAAAGGUAAAAUGUUAUGUUCUCUAAAUCAAAAAAACCUGGGUCCAAAAGUUUUGAGUGACUGUGAUAAUUAUGAUUAUUAAGAUUAUAUAAGAAUGAUUAUUAAAACCAUUAUACUAUUACAAGCCAAUCAUUUAAAACAUCAUAGAAUAUGUGUCCAUUUUAAACAAAAAUAUAUACAUAGUUAUUCAAUAAUAAAAUUUGCAAAUUUAUUUUUACUAAAAGAGUUUUAAAGUUAAAUAUUCAAAACUAACUCUUCUGACAGUAUUUUCAAUUGUAGAAUGUUUUUAAAAUACUUUUAAAAUUACCUUUUACUAUUUUAUUUUGCAUUAAAACUAAAAAUAAAAAAUAAACUCCAAAAAAAUGCAUUAAGCUUGUAUUACAGUAGAUUCUAACUAUUCCACCAAAAAUUUAGAUCUAACUUACUAAUCAAGAAAUUCCUAUUUUACAUAUAUAGAGACAAUUUUUAAUAAAAAAAACUUAUACACCAAAAUUCAAAAGAGAGAAAAAUCUUUUUUUUUUAAUAAAAGAGGAUAUUUAUUUUAAUAAAAACUCAAAUGACAAAGAUUUAUUUUUUUGUAAUUUUUUUCAAUUAAAUGACAAAGCAAUAAAAUGAAAUACUCCUUUUAAACUUGUUCAUUAAAGAGAUGCAACACGUAAAAUUUUAAAUACAUAUGCCUAUAUAACUUAAAAGUGAAAUAUAAAGAUAAUAUGAAGUUAAUAGCAAACAAAAGUCAUAGUAGUUUUGAUUUCAAUUACGAUUACUCCAAAUUAUUUGAAAUAAUUAAAAUCCACUCAUAUAAAUGCAAGAAAUUUUUAAUUUUUACACAACAUUGUAAACUGAUAAUUGAAAUUGUUUUUCAUCAAAAUGUACUCAGACACAAAGAUUCCAGUUAAACUACAGAAAUAUUAAUUUUAUCAGUUCGAAAACUUAACAAUGCUUAGUUUAACAAGUCUGGGUAGUGUUGUAAAAGUUCGUUUAAAAUUUGAUAUAAUAAAGGUUAAUAAGCCUAUAAAUUGACCAU